UGUGGCCAACGAGUUUAAUCCAAAUGAGAUUGUGCGUGAUCCAGGAUGUAGGAAACAAAUUCAUGAGUAUGCUCCGGAUAUUCAAGACCAACUGAGGAGGGCAUAUAUAUUGAAGGGUCCAACGGCACGCAACCUGAUUUAGCAAGAUUUCCUCGUACUCAAUUUGGGAAGUAUUCAAGAGCAUUUUGUAAGGCAUGGUAUAAGAAUUAUACAUGGAUUGCAUACAGUGAGUCGAAGGAUGCAACUUAUUGUUUCUAUUGCUUUCUCUUUAAGCCGCCCGGGAGGGCCGAACACUUUGGUUAUGAAGUCUUCAACAAAGACGGAUUUAAAGAUUGGAAGCAUGCAUCUAAAGGCUUUAAAGAUCAUAUUGGUAGUCAUGAUAGUAAGCACAACUCAUGUGUGAAGCACUAUGAUGAUUAUAAUAAUCAAAGACAAAGUGUGACAUUGUUAUGCUUUCUAUGUCCAUUGUUAUGCAACUGGUGGUUGUGUCCGUUGCUAGUAAUUGCUCAUCUAUUCAUGAUUUCUUUGAGUACAUCUCCUUGAUUGUAACCACAACAAGUGCAUCUUGCAAGAGAAAGGAUGCUUUGAAGGAGGCACAACACCAAGAUAUUUUGAAUAAACUUAAGAGUGGUGAGAUAUCUCAAGGAAAGGGCUUGCACCAAUCAUCUAGUCUCACUAGACCCAGAGAUACUAGAUGGGGUUCACAUUAUACUACCUUGAUUCGUUUGGAUCAGAUGUGGUCCUCCAUGUUAGAGGUGCUUAGUAUUGUUGAUGAAGAUGGACGUGGACCAUCUCUAGCGGCGGGUUUGAUAGAAAAAAUGGAGAGCUUUAAUUUUUCUUUCAUUUUGAAGCUUAUGUUAAAGUUGUUUGGUAUCACUAAUGAACUUUCAAAAAUCUUGCAAACAAAAGAUCUUAAUAUUGUGCUUGCUAUGGAAUUAGUUGAUGAUGUUAAAGCUCGAUUGGCUAUAUUGAGAGAGAGUGGUUGGAAUGAUUUAUUUAGUGAUGUCCAAGAAUUUUGUUUUUCUCAAAGUAUUCCGGUGCCAAAUAUGGAUGAAGAAAUACCGGUUCGGGGACGUUCAAGAAGAGAAGGGAGAACUGUCACUAAUCUUCACCAUUACCGUGCAGAGAUUUUUUAUGUUGCUAUUGACAAAAUAUGUGUGGAGAUGGAUCACCGGUUUUGUGAAAGAAGUAAUGUUGUGCUGGAUUGCUUCUCAUGUCUUGACCCCAAGAACUCUUUUUCCAAGUUUGACGUUGAUAAGCUUGCUCGUCUUGCUAAUAUUUAUCAUGCAGACUUUUCUGAUGAUGACCGUGGAACAAUAAGGGAGCAACUUGAGACUUAUGUACAUCAAGUAAAAAGGCAUGCUUCUUUUACUUCUUGUGAAGAUGUUCAAAGUUUGGCUAUGAAGAUGGUUCAAACUGAGAAAUAUUUGGUAUUUCCAUUGGUUUACAAGCUCAUUGAGUUGGCUUUGAUAUUGCCGGUGUCGACAGCAUCCGUUGAAAGAGCUUUUUCAGCAAUGAAGAUUAUCAAGUCUAAUUUGCGCAACAAGAUCAACGAUAUGUGGUUCAAUGACUUGAUGAUAUGUUACACCGAGCAGGAGAUAUUCAAGUCACUUAAAGAUGUUGAUAUUAUUCGAACAUUCACCGCAAAGAAGUCUCGGAGAGGGCAUUUACCUGUUAAUUUUAUUUAGCACACUAUUCACAGGCUAUAUAAAAUUUCUGGCUCCGCCACUGGCUCUCAUAUUUCACUUGUAUUCAUUUAGACACCCACUUGACCAUAGUCAAUAAAUCAAUAAAUCUUGAUGUCAGAGACAGGUUCUAGAACCACAAUCAAUAUUUUUUACAUCUAUCCAACAAUGUAGUAGCAGUUAACAAUACAAAGAAGUAGUGUUAAUCUAGAAUAAAAUAUCAAUUUGAUCAAGAAAGAAAAUAUCAGUUUCAUGUUUGAUUAUGUCCUCAGCCAUGAUAU